AUGAGCAUGGCAGAGAGAUUGUGGGUCGCAUGGUAUGCGUGGGUGCAGAAUGAUGUCCUGGCCACCGGCAUCAUGUCAUUCGCUAUCCAUGAGCUGUUCUACUUCGGCCGCUCUCUUCCGUGGAUCUUCAUUGAUACCUUGGGUCUCUUCAAGAAAUACAAGAUUCAAAGUAGCAAAAUACCUACAUUGCGCGAGCAAUGGGAUUGCGCCAAGUUUGUGCUUCUGAGCCAUUUUACCGUCGAACUUCCUCAAAUCUGGUAUGUUACUGCCCUCAACGGAGUGGUAUUCUACUCGACGUUUGCCUCUCAGACCCGAUUGAGUAUUAACGACUCUUCUAGGCUUUUCCACCCAAUGGCUCAGUUCUUCGGUCUGUCCACAUCGAUUCCUUUCCCCUCUCCCUGGACCAUGGCAUAUCAGAUUGCAAUUUUCUUCGUGAUGGAGGACACUUGGCACUAUUUCCUCCACCGAGCUCUUCAUUGGGGUCCACUCUACAAAGCCAUUCACAAAAUCCACCAUCAGUAUUCCGCACCCUUUGGUUUGGCUGCCGAAUAUGCUUCCCCUAUUGAAGUGAUGAUUCUCGGCUUCGGGACCGUCAGCUGCCCGAUCCUCUGGUGUGCUAUCACCGGUGACCUGCAUAUUCUCACCAUGUACGCCUGGAUUGUCUUGCGCUUGUUCCAGGCUAUCGAUGCCCACAGUGGCUACGAAUUCCCUUGGAGUCUUCACCAUUUCUUGCCUGUCUGGGCUGGUGCUGACCAUCACGACCUCCACCAUGAGAAAUUCAUUGGGAACUACGCAAGUAGCUUCCGCUGGUGGGACUACCUCCUUGACACUGAAUACACUCCGGAUGCCCUUAAGCGCCGAAGAGAAAAAAGGUGGACGCUAAGAAGACACAGUGAUUUGAACGUCAUCAGUGAUGGUCUGCCUGUUCUCUCUUCUUUUUAG